AUUGAAGCAAAAAUCUGAAAUUUCUGCAAUAUUUACACAGGAAAAACGAGAAUGUGGGAGCCGCCUCGUUUAAGUGCAUCGCUACGUGCCAAAACCGAGCUAGAGGCCAAGAGCCGACGCUUCAAUGGCCAGCGACAAGCCCGUUCCGACGCUGCAUCAUCCACGACGACAAAUUGCUAUGAGAAAGAGGAGCAGACCAUAGCCAAGCUGCUGGCACAGCUGCCAGCCGAGAAACAGCCCGGUGUCAAGGUGCACAUGCAAAAGCUGCGCAAUCUGGUGCAGGAAUGCAUGGGCUACGAGGAACAGCCACAGGUGGUGGAGCAUGCGGCACUGUAUCUCUUCUGGCUGCUGCACGAACAGCGCGUGGUGCUGGUGGCCACCACCAAUCGAUUGCACAGCAUGUUUGGCAAGACUUUUGAUCGGAAAAUGACACAAAUCCACGAGUGUGUGCUGGCCGUGGAGCACUCGCUGGAGGAGCACGACCGCAUGGAGCUGAAACGCUGGCAGCAGUCGCAACGCAAGCCCCACAAUGUGGGUCCGCUAUGGGGCGAAGAGAUUGAGGUAAAGUGCACGCCAGCCGUGUGGCUGGACACGAGCCUGCUGACCAAUCUGGCGCCCGAUGCUCUGCUGAAGAAUCGCACCGUGAACAAGUUCUCCAUGAAGUACAAAGCGAAAGCGGCUCCAGCCACUGCAGUGGUUAAGCGCACGGAUGGCGCCAAGCUGAGUCCAGAGCUGCAGGCGUUGGUGGACAUAGCCGAGAAGCUGGAAGAUGAGAAUCUGCUGGGCCGCGUGGGAGACAUACUCGGCUCGAAGCGCAGCAGCGAGGAGCUGCAGAACGAACUGAUGGAACUGCUGGGCUUCGACUACUUCGAGCUGGUGGGAAAACUGCUGCAGGACAGAGCGAAGAUUGCCCAGCAGCUGGAACAGUUUGCCACGCGAACGCGUCGCGUCAAGGAGGUUAAGCAAAAGCGAAUUCAGACAGCAGCCAGUGGGGCAGGGGGAGCAUCGGAAAUACGUCCGACCGUGGCCAGUGCCGUGGUGGUGCAGUCCGCGCAGGAGAAGCAGCUGGGCAAGAUGCAGCGACGCGAGGAGAAGAAACUGCAGCGCAUUAUGCGCAACAUAAAGGAUGACGAGGACCAAGAGGACCCUGGCUGUGCGGUGUCCAUUCCUGCCAUGCAGCUGCGCAUGCAGCACCAGCGAAUGCUGCUGGAAAACGCCCAGCGGGAGCCACUCCUGCUGACGACCAAGGCAGUCAAGGCGGAGUACCAGGCGGCGCCCAUCCGCUAUCCCUACGUAUUCGACAGCCAAUUGGCGGCGAAACAACACGCUGGCUUCAUCGGCGGCAGCCGCAUAACCCUGCCCGACAAUGCCCAGCGCAUCGACAAUAAGCAGUGGGAGGAGGUGAAGAUUCCCGCAAGCGAACCUCCGCCCCUGACGGUGGGCAACAAGCGCAUCCAAAUCGAGGAGCUGGACGAUGUGGGUAGGCUGGCGUUUGCCAACUGCAAGGAGCUGAAUCGCAUCCAGUCUGUCGUCUAUCCUGUGGCCUAUCACAGCAACGAGAACAUGCUGGUGUGCGCACCCACCGGUGCCGGCAAGACGAACGUAGCCAUGCUGAGCAUUGUGCACACGAUACGCUGCCACCUGGAGCAGGGUGUCAUCAAUCGGGAUGAGUUCAAGAUCGUGUACAUAGCACCAAUGAAAGCCCUGGCCGCCGAGAUGGUUGAUAACUUCUCCAAGCGCCUGAAAUCCCUGCAAAUUGUGGUGCGCGAGCUGACGGGCGACAUGCAGUUGACCAAGGCGGAAAUGGCAGCCACCCAGAUACUGGUAACCACGCCGGAAAAGUGGGAUGUGGUCACCAGAAAGGGAAGUGGCGAUGUGGCGUUGAUUAGCCUCGUCAAGCUGCUCAUCAUCGACGAGGUGCAUCUGCUGCACGGCGAGCGUGGGCCUGUGGUGGAGGCACUCGUGGCGCGCACUCUACGGCUCGUGGAGUCCUCCCAAUCGAUGAUACGCAUUGUGGGCCUGUCCGCCACGCUGCCCAACUACGUGGACGUGGCGCACUUUCUGCGCGUGAAUCCCAUGAAGGGACUCUUCUACUUUGACUCCCGCUUCAGGCCGGUGCCGCUGGACACCAACUUCAUUGGCAUCAAGUCGGUGAAGCCGCUGCAACAAAUCGCCGACAUGGAUCAAUGCUGCUACCAGAAGUGUGUCGAGAUGGUCCAGCAGGGACACCAAGUGAUGGUCUUUGUCCACGCCCGCAAUGCCACAGUGCGCACGGCGAAUGUUAUACGAGAGUUGGCGCAGCAAAACAACACCAGCGCCGCCUUUCUGCCCAAAGACUCGAAUGCCUUUGGCCUGGCCAACCGCUCCAUUCAGAAGAGUCGCAACAAGCAGCUGGUGGACUUGUUCUCCUGCGGCCUGGCCAUGCAUCAUGCGGGCAUGCUGCGCGCCGAUCGCCAAAUGGUUGAGAAAUACUUUGUGGAGGGACACAUCUCGGUGCUUGUCUGCACAGCCACGCUCGCGUGGGGCGUCAAUUUGCCGGCGCAUGCCGUCAUCAUACGAGGCACGGACAUCUACGAUGCCAAACAUGGCAGCUUCGUGGACCUGGGCAUUCUGGAUGUGCUGCAGAUCUUUGGUCGUGCCGGGCGGCCGCAGUUCGACAAGAGCGGCGUGGGUACCAUUAUCACUGGCUAUGAUAAGCUCAAUCAUUACCUGUCGCUGCUCACGAAUCAAUUCCCCAUCGAGUCGAACUUUGUGCAAUGUCUGGCCGAUAAUCUGAAUGCGGAGAUUGGUCUGGGCACCAUAACCAAUGUGGAAGAGGCCAUUGAGUGGCUCAGCUACACGUAUUUAUUCGUUCGAAUGCGCAUCAAUCCUCAUGUUUAUGGCAUCGAGUAUGCGGAACUGCAAAAGGAUCCCACGCUGGAGGCACGUCGAAGGGCGCUGAUCAUGUCCGCUUCGAUGAGUCUGGACAAGGCGCGCAUGAUGCGGUUCAAUCAGCGCACGAUGGACAUGAACAUCACCGAUUUGGGACGCACUGCCUCGCAUUUCUACAUCAAAUACGACACCGUGGAGAUAUUCAACGAGCUGAUGAAACCCUUUAUGAAUGAAGCCGAGAUCUUGGCCAUGAUAUCACAGGCGCAGGAGUUCCAGCAGCUAAAAGUGCGCGACGAUGAGCUCGAGGAGCUGGAUGAGCUGCGGACGGACUACUGCAAGCUGAAGCCAUUUGGAGGCAGCGAGAAUGUUUGCGGAAAGGUCAACAUUCUCAUUCAGACUUACCUCUCCAACGGCUAUGUCAAGUCCUUUUCGCUGAGCUCGGACAUGUCGUACAUCACAACGAACAUUGGCAGGAUCACGCGUGCGCUGUUCUCCAUUGUGCUGCGACAGAACAAUGCCGUGCUGUCGGGCCGCCUGCUGCAGCUGUGCAAGAUGUUCGAGCGUCGGCAGUGGGACUUUGAUUGCCAUCUGCGCCAGUUUCCGGCAAUCAAUCACGAGACCAUCGACAAGCUGGAGCGUCGCGGCCUGAGUGUCUAUCGAUUGCGUGACAUGGAUCAGCGGGAGCUGAAGGAAUGGCUGCGCAGUGAUCGCUAUGCAGAGUUGGUCAUUCGCUCCGCCCAGGAGCUGCCAAUGCUGGAGGUGGAGGCCAGUCUGCAGCCCAUCACGCGCACUGUGCUGCGCAUCAAGGUGGACAUUUGGGCCAAUUUCACGUGGAACGAUCGCGUGCACGGCAAGACCUGCCAGAGCUUCUGGCUGUGGAUAGAGGAUCCCGAGUCGAAUUACAUCUACCACUCGGAACUGUUCCAGCUGAGUCGCAAGUCUGUGUUCAGCGGCCAGCCGCAGCAGCUGGUGAUGACCAUUCCACUGAAGGAGCCACUGCCGCCACAGUACUACAUUCGAGUGUCCAGCGACAGCUGGCUGGGCAGCACCACCUGCGUUCCCCUCUCCUUCCAGCAUCUGGUGCUGCCCGAGCAUCAUCCACCGUUGACGGAGCUACUGCCGCUGCGGCCGUUGCCUGUCAGCGCUCUGGACAACGCCCUGUACGAGUCGCUCUACGGAUUCACGCACUUCAACCCCAUACAGACGCAGAUAUUCCACUGCCUCUACCACACGGACAACAACGUGCUGCUGGGCGCACCCACGGGCAGUGGCAAGACCAUCGUCGCGGAGCUCGCCAUAUUCCGGGCAUUGAACGAGGAUCCCAAGUGCAAGGUGGUCUACAUAGCGCCCCUCAAGGCGCUGGUUAAGGAGCGGAUAGGUGACUGGGAGAAGCGCUUCCAACGCUCCUCGCUGGGCCUCAAGGUGGUGGAGCUGACGGGCGACGUCACGCCGGAUAUCCAGGCCAUACGGGAGUCCCAACUGAUUGUAACCACACCAGAGAAAUGGGACGGCAUUAGUCGGUCCUGGCAGACGCGCGAGUAUGUGCAGCAUGUGGCACUAAUUGUGAUCGACGAGAUCCAUCUGCUGGGCGAGGAUCGUGGUCCGGUCAUCGAGGUGAUUGUCUCCCGCACAAACUUCAUUCGCUCCCACACGGGUCGAGAAAUUCGCAUUGUGGGCCUGUCCACUGCCCUGGCCAAUGCCCAGGAUCUGGCCAACUGGCUGGGCAUCACCAAAAUGGGUCUGUACAACUUUAAGCCAUCGGUGCGGCCCGUGCCGCUGCAGGUGCACAUCAAUGGCUUCCCGGGCAAGCAUUACUGCCCCCGCAUGGCCACCAUGAACCGACCCACCUUCCAGGCCAUUCGCACCUACUCGCCCUGCGAGCCCACAAUUGUGUUUGUCUCCUCGCGCCGACAGACCCGCCUCACGGCCCUGGAUCUCAUCACCUUCGUGGCCGGCGACGACAAUCCCAAGCAGUUCCUGCACAUCAAAGAAUACGAAAUGGAGCUGAUACUUCAGAAUAUACGCGACCAGAACCUGAAGUUCUGCCUGGCCUUUGGCAUUGGACUGCAUCAUGCGGGCCUGCAGGAGCAGGAUCGCAAGGUUGUGGAGGAGCUGUUCCUGAACCGCAAGAUCCAGGUGCUGGUGGCCACCGCCACUCUGGCCUGGGGCGUCAAUCUGCCCGCCCAUCUUGUGGUCAUCAAGGGCACCGAGUACUUUGAUGGCAAGGUGAAGAAGUACGUGGACAUGCCCAUUACGGAUGUGCUGCAGAUGAUGGGACGUGCCGGACGGCCACAGUUCGACAACGAGGGCGUUGCCGUUGUCCUGGUGCAUGACGAGAAGAAGAACUUCUACAAGAAGUUCCUCUACGAUCCAUUCCCAGUGGAGUCAAGCCUGCUGGGCGUGCUCCCGGAGCACAUCAAUGCCGAGAUCGUGGCCGCCACGGUGCAGACCAAGCAGGCAGCCUUGGACUACCUCACGUGGACGUACUUCUUCAGGCGACUGCUGAAGAAUCCCUCGUACUACCAGCUGGAGGGCGUGGAGCCCGAGAAUGUGAAUGCAUUCAUGUCGAGCCUGGUAGAGAAAGUCAUCUACGAGCUGUCGAGCUCCGCCUGUUUGGUGGAGCGCGACGGUUUCCUGGUGCCAACAUUCUUGGGUCGCAUCAGCUCCUACUACUACCUGUCGUACCGCACCAUGAAGCACUUCCUGGAAGAUCUCCAGCCAGGCAUGGGCACCAAGGAGGUGCUACUCGCCAUAGCCGAUUCCUACGAAUUCGAUCAACAGCCAGUGCGCCACAACGAGGACAAGCACAACGAGGAGAUGGCCGAGAAGAGUCGCUACAGGCCACCAGCGGGCACCUGGGACUCGCCCUACACCAAGACGUUCCUGCUGCUGCAGGCUCACUUCUCACGCCAGUCGUUGCCCAACUCGGACUACCUGACGGACACAAAGUCUGCGCUGGACAAUGCCACGCGUGUCAUGCAGGCCAUGGUGGACUACACGGCAGAGCGUGGCUGGCUCUCGACCACACUGGUGGUGCAACAGCUCAUGCAGAGUAUCAUCCAGGCAAGGUGGUUCGAUGGCAGCGAGUUUCUCACAUUACCCGCUGUCAAUGAGGACAAUCUGGAUGUCUUCCUGAACAUUGCCCUUGGGGAACACGACUACUUGACGCUACCCGUUCUAAAAGAGUUGUGCAGGAAGGAGUACGAAGUGCUGGCUGUUCCGCUGCGCGAUGCAUUCGAGGAGCAUGAGAUUGAGCAAAUUUACAAGGUCAUUCAAGAGCUGCCUGAGAUUGCGCUGAAAAUGUCUGUGGAGGGUCGCUUCAUGGGAGAGGAGUACGCCCAGCGACCGCUCUCUCUGGAGGCGAACAACACAUGGAUGCAGCUGCAUGCCAACGAAGACUAUGUCCUGAGAAUUGAUCUGCAACGUCUGAAUGCCAGCGGAGGUGGGCAUCGUCGGGGCGGCUACACUGUGCACUGUCCAAAGUAUCCCAAGCCGAAGAACGAGGCCUGGUUCCUCACACUCGGCUCACAGGCCAGUGACGAGCUGCUGGCCAUGAAGCGUCUCACGCUGCGUGGACAACGCACCACCAAUCGAAUUUCCUUUCAGGCCACGCCACGACGUGGCCGACUGCAGCUCACGCUGUACAUGAUGUCCGACUGCCUGAUGGGCUUUGAUCAGCAAUACGAGUUGAAAUUUGAGAUUAUCGAUGCGAAAGUGCUGUAGGGAGGGAGUAUUUGGAGUGUGGGGAGUAUUUAUAUCAAAAAUAAUUGCGUAGCAUUCUGUAGUUUCGAGGCUUAUCUAUUAGUUAAGUGCUGUUGUGGUUGGAUGAAUAUUUUCUACCGUUUAUACAUAUUAGAAAAUGUAUUCCCCCCUGGAAGUUUUUAGUCGAAAUGAACCUCUUGUAUUAUUGUGUGAUUCCUCAAGAUGUGUACAACAUUUCUAGCAGCCCUCAAAUGAAAUAAAAUCCUUCGAUUAAGUAGCGAUCAAUUGAA